GCGUGUGAGUACAUCCUCCCGAGAAUCAAUAACCCCUGUUUGCCAUAAAACAAAACCUUCACGAUAAUUAUUUAUGUUGAAUGAAAGGAGGUCACCUAUCUCUGUGUAGCUAAAUCUCGUCAAAAUUGCCACUUUUUAUGACAAGAAUUGGAGCUGAUUUCGUUUGCAGUGGUGAAGCAAUUGGGCUGCUUUUGAGAUAAUUUUUAUCUGGGCUUCUAGUUCAAGAUUUUGGGAGGAAUAUAUUUUUCUUAUCGUGGGAAGAAUAUCUUGUAGCUUUUGUACUCUCAAGUUGGUAUCUUGAUAGGACACAGGGUUGAUGAAAAGCAGUUGGUGUUCACAGUAUGUGGAAAGAAAUAUGCUUUCGUUGGUAUCAGUUUGAAGUUGAAUCUUCUUUGAGGGGCUUCUUUUGUGAGUUUUUUGUUUUCUGAUAUUUGGUUGUGGAAUGGGAGCUUUCGCCUAAUUUUACAGAAUUUCAGGUGUGGGGAUUCCUUUAUGUAAAGGUUAAAGGUUAGUAAUUGGGAAUUUGGAUUAGAUUCUUGGCUGUGGCUUUAAAUUUGGGUUUAUGUUUGUUCUUCAAUAAACCAAUUUGGUGGCCUAGGAUAUAGGAAAACCGAGCUGUAUAAAGGGCUUCCGUGGUGCUCAAAAAGGGUUUUAGGCUUCUAAAAGAUAAGGAUGCAAAGAGUUCGAUUAUCUUCUCACCAGGCGCCUGUGCACAAGCUAGGGGAUUCCCAAAUGACAUUGUCCCCAAAAUUUAGAUUAGCUGUGACCCAAUCCUCAUUGUUAAACCCAUCUGCAGAGUUUGAGUCAUCUCUGCAAGGAGAGCCCUUCAUUCCAGGUCUUCCUGACGAUGUUGCGCUCAACUGUCUGCUUAGGCUUCCUGUGCAGAGCCAUGCUUCUUGCAGAGCUGUUUGCAAGCGGUGGCAUCUACUUCUUGGUAAUAAAGAGAGGUUUUUCAUGCAAAGAAAGGUCUUAGGCUUUAAAGACCCUUGGCUCUUUGUUUUUGCUUUCCACAAGUGCACGGGAAAGAUUCAGUGGCAGGUUCUUGACCUUCUCCACUUCUCGUGGCACACUAUCCCAACAAUGCCUUGCAAGGAUAAGGUCUGUCCCCAUGGGUUUAGGUGUGUUUCAAUUCCCCGUGAGGGUAUUCUAUUUGUUUGUGGGGGUAUGGUUUCCGAUGUGGAUUGCCCUCUGGACUUGGUCUUGAAGUAUGAGAUACAUAAGAACCGGUGGACCGUGAUGAAUCGGAUGAUUACAGCUCGAUCCUUUUUUGCUAGUGGGGUUAUUGAUGGAAUGAUAUAUGUGGCUGGAGGAAACAGCACCAAUCUUUUUGAGCUUGAUUCAGCUGAGGUUAUGGAUCCUGUGAAGGGGAGUUGGCGCCCCAUUCAAAGCAUGGGGACUAAUAUGGCAUCUUAUGACGCAGCAGUCCUUGAUGGAAAGUUUCUCGUCACAGAAGGUUGGUUGUGGCCCUUCUUUGUCUCCCCCAGAGGCCAGGUUUAUGAUCCAAGGACAAACAAUUGGGACAGUAUGGCCGUUGGAUUGCGAGAAGGCUGGACUGGCUCUAGUGUGGUGGUUUAUGGACGCUUGUUUGUGGUUUCAGAGCUUGAAAGGAUGAAGCUUAAGGUCUAUGACUCAGAUACUGAUUCUUGGGAAACAAUAGAAGGCCCCCCAUUACCAGAGCAAAUAUGCAAGCCCUUUGCUGUCAAUGCCUGUGAUUGCAAAAUCUACGUCGUGGGUCGGAACCUUCAUGUUGCUGUGGGACAUAUAUCUAGGCUGAGUCAGAAAGACACUUCUGAGAGAAAGUGGAGCUUUAGUGUACGAUGGCUUGUGGUGGAUGCUCCAGAAAGUCUCUCAGACUUGACACCCUCAAGUUCUCAGGUUCUGUAUGCUUAGUUUUACUCUUCCACUUUACCUUUGUUAUCAAUGUUGUUAAAUAAAUCAUAAUUAUGUGACCUCGAUGCUGUAGAGUGCUACUGCUGUGUGCUAAUCAAGGAGUGUAUAAAUCCUAUGGUUUAACUUUGUUUUCUCAUUAUGAGUCUUAAUGGUUUCUCACCCCAUACUGUUUUCUAUUAUUAUUAUCUUAAUCAAAUUUCUGAAUAUA